AUGAUUAAGAAGUACGAGGUAAACCCCUAAUUGAAGGUAGCUAUAAACAUGGAAAUUCCAGGCCUCAGAAAGAAGAAGGUAGCUUUUGCUGGUAAACCAAACAACAGAAGAUUCAUGGCAUCCUGGAUCUCAUAUGAGAGAAAUGGUUUUUUGAAUGUUGGUCUCUCAAGAAACUGGACCAGAAUCGCAUUCCCCAUAGUCCCAGUUUUCUUCUUUGUCUACAUGUGGAAUCCAAUCAUUCACGGUACCACUUACAUCCAGCACUACAAUAACUAUCAAUGGGAAGGAAUCUACUUCAAGUAUGGCUCCAACAGACCAGUCUAUACUGAUCAAACCAUUACCAGACUUGCUUGA